UUUAAUAAUUAAAUAAAAAACAACCAGCUUAAAGAUAAAUAAUAUUAACAUUUUUACGAAUCUCAUUAAAAAGGCUUUGGAUAAUAGACCAGACGGUUAAUUGGACUUUGGCAAGCAAUGGCUCUACGAGCUAGAGUUUUGGAGUUAUAUAAAGAGCUUCUUUAUAUGGGGAAGGAUUAUCCUCAAGGAUACAAAUUUUUCCGAGAAAAUCUGAAAAAAGCUUUUAUGAAAAAUAAAUACGAAACUGACCCAGAGAAAAUAGAAAAGAUGAUCGAUCGCGGUAAAUACGUCAUGAAGGAGAUUGAGUCGCUGUACAUGCUGAAAAAAUAUCGAACGAUGAAGAGGAGGUAUUACGAGGAGCCAAGUUCUAAGCAGUUGUAAAGCCAGAUUUUUUUUAACUCAUUCAAGAAAACUCACUUCUUAAAAAUAUUUAUGAGUAAUCUCACACUGCCUUAUUUUUUUAACAGCAAAAAAUUAUGAAAUAAAUGUCAAUUGUAAUUUUUAAUCAAUGUAAAUAAAUUGAAUAUAAACACAAAGAGAUCAUAACCUUCAAAUUCACUCCUGUCAUGGUCAGCUGAUCAAUAAGUGGGAUUAACAUUUAAUUCACCGCUUUAUAUUAAAUGUUUAUCCGAAGAAAGUGAAGUCGAACUUCAUUACAAAGUACACACGUCAAUAGAUAUUAUUGAAGAGAAGUUAAACACCGGGAAUAAAA